AUGGCGGCAGCAAAGGUCAAUGAACGGAACGGCUGCAUCGAUGGGCCGACCAAUCCUAUGUUUGUACCUACAGAUGAGUAUACCCUAUUCAAUAAUCUACUUCUCGGCACCAACAAUUUCAAUUUAUCUUUCAGGUUUGACUUGUAUUUUCGGAAGAACCCCUUUGGUGGUGAAUAUACAGUUUUUGCUGGUCUAGAAGAGUGCAUAAAAUUAAUUGCUAACUUCAGAAUAGCAGAGGAUGAAAUUGCCUUUAUCCAAGCAUCCUUGCCUCCGUCAUGUGAGGAUGGUUUCUACAACUACCUUCGAGGGAUGGAUUGUUCCAAUGUGGAGAUACAUUCCAUUUCUGAAGGAUACGUUGUAUUUCCAAACGUACCCUUAAUGAGGGUUGAAGGACCAAUAGCUGUGGUUCAACUGCUUGAGACCCCACUUCUAAAUCUUAUCAAUUAUGCAUCGUUGGUAGCUACAAAUGCUGCAAGGCAUCGUUUUGUUGCUGGGAAGUCCAAACUUCUUCUUGAAUUUGGGCUACGACGGGCUCAGGGACCUGAUGGUGGUAUAGGGGCAUCAAAGUAUAGCUACAUGGGUGGAUUUGAUGCUACAAGCAAUGUUGCUGCUGGGAAAUUAUUUGGAAUCCCACUCCGUGGAACACAUUCCCAUGCUUUUGUCAACUCAUUUAUGAGCCCUGAUGAGAUCACUGAUAAAUUGCUUUAUAGUUAUGAUGGUUCACAUGCUUGCAAGGAUUUUGUUAGUUUGGCUCGGACAUGGUUAAGGAAAUUAAAGCGGUCGCUUGUAUUAGGUGGAAUCUUUGGCGAAACCAAUCAAAGCGAGUUAGCUGCUUUCACCUCAUAUGCUCUAGCGUUUCCUUCCAACUUUUUAGCCCUUGUAGACACUUAUGAUGUAAGUCAAAAUUUUGAUUUGUUCACUUCAGUUGUAUUGUUUCACUUAUUGAUUGAGGAUCUUGAGGUAGUCUUUCAACUCCAAUGGCCAAAAAUGGUCAAUGCAGCUCGCGCAUUAUGGGCUGGGCCUGAGGCGGCUGGCGAUUUGCCAUCCCUAGCCACAGGGGAUUGCAAUGGUUUCCUGCAGAAAACAUCCAUUUUUUUGGCUUUUAAAGGAAAAGCUAGAGAAGAAUUACCGCCCCUUAAGUUGAUUAGAGAACGUUGUAUUAAACAACUGGACCAGAUGCGGACCGACCACCUGAGAAGGUUGAACCCUACUCCUUACAAGGUUAGCGUAAGUGCAAAGUUGUAUGAUUUCAUCCACUUCUUGUGGCUCAAUGAAGCACCUAUUGGAGAGUUGCAAUAAAAGUUCAUAGUGACUCACUGAGUGUGAGAGAUGAAAUAAUACCCAGGAAGCUAAUGAAUCCUCUUGACAGGUAGUAGGCCAGGUUCACAUGAUUCUAUAAUUGAAGAAUAAUAAUUUUUCUUUAUCCUUUUUAAGUUUCUGGUCAAGAGAAGUAUAUACAUGUAAAUGUGCUUCUGUUCUUGUUUUGUCUCAAUUAGUGCGUGUAAUUUGUAGCAAAUGUUUUUUAGUUAAGGCCUUGAAAAGUUCACAAUUCUUUUCUUUU